AUGGUUGUGGAGAUCUUUGGGGGAGGCAUUUGUCUAACAGUGUCUUCCGCCUAUAAUGAUGAUGAUGAUGAUGGUUAUUGGUCAUGGUUAGCCCUCGGCUGCAGCUACGCGCACGCGAUUCACCUCACGGCGCAAAUGUGCGUGCCGGCUGUGUGUGCCGAGCUGGUCCUAGCACGGGCUGAUGCACUCAGUACUCUCAUACACAACCGCCUCCUAGUUGAACAAGAUGACACCACACGUUCCAACCUAACGCGUUUGGUGCGCUACGUACGCGCUCGUCCUCCGCUGCGUAAAGCAUGGCGUUUGUUGCCGCCCGGUUUGAAGCUGCCCCUUGCUAUGUUGUCCAUGUGCACCACAGCUCUGAUCGUCGUUAUACAGUCUACACAUCUUUACGACUAA